UAUUGGUGGGUAACAGCACAGCCCAUUUGAUCAAAUGAUGUCAACAAAAUAUACAAGUUUCAUCAUAGAUUAUUAUUUAUUGGUGUCUUUAUGACCAUACACCAACCGUCGCAACCUAUAACGUUACGUGCCUACUCUCAGAUAUAUAACACCACAUGGAUUUAAAGAUCUAUGAAUUUACCGAUCCAAUAGUUAUUAUAAUCAAAGCAGCAGUAAGGUCAGCUAGAUUGGUAACUUCUGUUCCAUUCGACUGCUUUAAACCCUAGCGACUGAACGGUAGAUCUCGCGAGACUACACGAGGGGAUAAGUUGAGGAAACAUGGCGACGUCUAAUUUGCUAAAGAACAAAGGGUCCCUGCAGUUUGAGGACAAAUGGGAUUUGAUGCGCCCUGUUGUUCUGAAGUUACUUCGCCAGGAGUCCGUCACCAAACAACAGUGGUUCGAUCUGUUCUCAGAUGUUCAUGCAGUUUGUCUUUGGGAUGACAAAGGCCCUGCAAAAAUCCACCAGGCCCUGAAAGAAGAUAUCUUAGAUUUUAUCAAGCAAGCACAGGCGCGUGUGCUGAGCCACCAGGAUGACACUGCCCUGCUUAAGGCCUAUAUUGUGGAGUGGAGGAAGUUCUUCACCCAGUGCGACAUCUUGCCCAAGCCAUUCUGCCAGCUGGAGAUCACCCUCAUGGGCAAACAGGGCAGCAACAAGAAGUCCAACGUGGAGGACAGCAUCGUGAGGAAGCUCAUGCUGGACACGUGGAACGAGUCGAUCUUCUCCAACAUCAAGAACCGCCUGCAGGACAGCGCCAUGAAGCUAGUGCACGCCGAGCGCCUGGGCGAGGCCUUCGACUCGCAGCUGGUCAUCGGGGUCCGCGAGUCUUACGUGAAUCUUUGCUCUAACCCAGAUGACAAGCUGCAGAUCUACAGGGAUAACUUUGAGAAAGCAUACCUGGACUCCACUGAGAGGUUUUACAGAACUCAAGCACCUUCGUACCUACAGCAGAAUGGAGUACAGAACUACAUGAAAUACGCAGACGCUAAGUUAAGGGAAGAAGAGAAACGAGCACUCCGUUAUUUAGAGACUCGACGCGAAUGUAACUCUGUUCAAGCACUUAUGGAAUGUUGUGUAAACGCUCUGGUGACGUCCUUCAAAGAGACCAUCUUGGCUGAAUGUCCAGGCAUGAUCAAGCGUAACGAGACCGACAAGCUCCACCUCAUGUUCUCCCUCAUGGACAAGGUCCCCAAUGGCAUUGACCCCAUGCUGAAGGACCUGGAGGAGCACAUUGUAAACGCCGGGCUGGCGGACAUGGUGGCAGCUGCAGAGACCAUUACUACUGACUCCGAGAAGUACGUGGAGCAGCUCUUGACGCUGUUCAACCGCUUCAGUAAGCUGGUGAAAGAGGCGUUCCAGGACGACCCGCGCUUCCUGACAGCCCGAGACAAAGCCUAUAAAGCAGUUGUGAACGACGCUACGAUAUUUAAACUUGAGCUUCCACUGAAACAGAAAGGGGUGGGACUGAAGACGCAGCCGGAGUCCAAGUGUCCAGAGCUGCUGGCCAACUACUGUGACAUGCUGCUGCGGAAAACUCCGCUGAGUAAGAAACUCACAUCGGAGGAAAUUGAGUUGAAGUUGAAAGAAGUGCUGCUGGUGCUGAAAUAUGUACAGAAUAAGGACGUCUUCAUGCGAUAUCACAAAGCGCAUUUGACACGUCGUUUGAUCUUGGACAUUUCGGCUGACAGUGAGAUUGAAGAGAACAUGGUGGAGUGGCUCAGGGAGGUGGGCAUGCCUGCUGACUACGUGAACAAGCUUGCCAGGAUGUUUCAGGACAUCAAAGUAUCAGAGGAUCUGAACCAGGUCUUCAAGGAAGUGCAUAAGCACAACAAGCUAGCCUUACCAGCUGACUCUGUCAACAUCAAGAUCCUGAAUGCGGGUGCCUGGUCUCGCAGCUCAGAGAAGGUUUUUGUGUCUCUGCCUACGGAGCUGGAGGACCUCAUCCCUGAGGUUGAGGAGUUCUACAAGAAGAACCACAGCGGCAGGAAGCUGCACUGGCACCACCUCAUGUCCAAUGGCAUUAUCACCUUCAAGAAUGAAGUGGGACAGUACGACCUGGAGGUCACAACCUUCCAGCUGGCUGUCCUGUUUGCCUGGAACCAAAGACCCAGAGAAAAGAUCAGCUUUGAGAAUUUAAAGCUGGCCACAGAGCUCCCUGACGCAGAGCUGCGGAGGACACUGUGGUCUCUUGUGGCGUUCCCGAAGCUGAAACGGCAGGUGCUGUCAUACGAACCUCAAGUCAGCUCUCCCAAAGACUUCACCGAUGGCACGCUCUUCUACGUCAACCAGGAGUUCUCCUUGAUAAAAAAUUCCAAAGUCCAGAAGAGGGGGAAGAUUAAUCUGAUUGGCCGAUUGCAACUGACUACGGAGCGAAUGAGGGAAGAGGAGAACGAGGGUAUCGUCCAACUUAGAAUAUUAAGAACACAGGAGGCCAUCAUUCAAAUCAUGAAAAUGCGCAAAAAGAUCACCAACGCCCAACUCCAGACGGAACUGGUUGAGAUCCUGAAAAACAUGUUUUUACCACAGAAGAAAAUGAUCAAGGAACAGAUCGAGUGGCUGAUCGAGCACAAGUACAUGAAAAGAGACGAGACGGACAUUAACACCUUCAUCUACAUGGCGUAGCAGAGAGGGGGCCGUAGCUAUAAUAUAAUGAUGAUGAUGACGAUGCAGGUGAGGAAGAUGUUGAAAACUGUGCCUGGAGGAUGCUGUGGAGGAUGCAGGAGGCUCUAAUAUCAAACAGCCUUGCGUAUGGCGAUGAACUGGAGUUACGACUGACCGCUACCGUUCAGUUAGAAAAAAAAUACAAAUCCUGCCUUACCUUACAAAAAACGGAAAAGAAAUGAAAUGGGGGGGGGGGGGGGAGAAGGACUGUAUUUUGCCAGUUUUAGUCCGUAUGCAUGGUGGCAAUUGCCUUCGUGUUUCAACAUCUCCAGCAGCAUGCUAGUCUGUGGUAAUCUUGCAUUCAUCAGAGAACUGUCCUGUGUGCUGUGUUCUAUGUUUUCCCUGUGUGCUCCCCCACCCCCCACUAACCACACUAUUGGCCAGCUUGAGUAAGUACAGAUUGGCCCCACCUUGUUCCACAUAGGCCACACCCCUCUGCACACAGGCCUUGCCCACUCCCAUCACCUCUUUACUCGGGGAACUUGAUGCCUGUCUGCUGUUUUGUACGUCUGUGACUCGAACUAGAGCAUUAGCACUUUCACAUUACUUCUGGGUCUGUCUACAUAGCUUUACAAGUGCCAUCUUUUGUUUUAAUUUUUUGUGGUGUAUGUGUGCGUGUGUGUGAUUUCCUCUGAAUUUUUGUUUGAAUUUGCACAAGACCAGCAGCAGAGUACAUCAUAUGACUGCAGCGGUGAAGACGCAUUUCACGAAAUGGCUCCUUGGAGCGUGCUGGAGGGGACAUCCUCAGUAACGUUACAGGGAAAUGCUUUCUGUAAUCAGAACAUUUCGUUCCGCUAUCCAAGCUCCCUGCCCUGCAGAGGAACAUUCUAGAGGUGUCUUCCAGGGAGACUUCUUCUGAUUCAGCAUGGGUUUGUAAUGGAAUAUACUCUGUGUAAACUGUAUAAACAGGUCAUGUGUUCAGCUAAAUUGAGGCCUCUGGCACAUUUAGUUAAAUAUGUAUGUGGGCUUUUGUUUUUUUUUUUUGUUCCUUGUGUACCUCAAGCAGAAUCAUGUUUUCACCGGUCGGUGAAGAGAAAAAGUUCAAGAAUUGAUGGUAGAUUAAUAGAUUACACCAGAGGCCACAUUGAAAUGGCAACAAUUAUUAAACUGGUGGUUUACUGGUGACGUGAAGCACACAAGAGAAAGAAUGAUUGAGUUCUUUGCUCUUGGUGUUUCAAUCAAGUGCAAUAAUGUAGGCUGCAGGCAAGGGGACAUUUUGUGUGAUGAGUGCAGUUAGAAUGUUGAUGAAAUGGUUUUUUUUUUUUUUUUUUUUUUUUUAAGUCUGUAGUUGAUGGCGCUUGUCAGAAGUGUGCAUUGUUGUUUUCUUUGUGAAAAGGUUAUGUGUUGGCUGUUCACACAGAUUGCUCAUUGAUAUCACCAUAGCCUUGACUUAACCAGCAAAAACAUUGUCCAAAUGGAAUGGGCUUCCAGCAAGGAAUGAUGUUUGAAUUUAUGGUAAUGCUACUAUUGGUAGUGUAUUAUGUACUGAGUCUGUUACAAAAUUUUGUUUUUUGGUUGAAGGCACUGUACAAGUGUCUUGAGGCAUGUGUUGUCCUCGACUGCGUUUCAAGCUGUCUGAGGAAGGCUGCUCACUCAGCUGAUGAAGCCCAGUGAUUAGCAUGCUGUCAGAUUAGGUUGUUACUGAAUUAUUGACUGUUGCAAAAAAAGCAAGAAGGGCAGCAAAGCAAGAAAGGCCUUAUUUUUUUUUAUUUAUUUUUUUUCUUCAAUGUAAAACUUCCAUUUGAGAAAAGCAUUGAAUGCACUUGGUAGUCAGUUUAUAAAAAGGAUUCUAUGUUGCUCAAGAAAUCGAAAGGUUUAGAAAUUUUGAGAUUGAGACAAAAUAUUCCCCCCACAACCCGUCUUGAUUUUAUUGACCUAAAACUCCUAAGGCUUAGUGGGGUCUCAAUAUAAAUGUCACAGUUAGUAAGAACUUGACCAACAUAUCAUAGACGGCCAAAAUAUUUGUUUUGGUCAAGGUUAGUUACUUCUUAUGAAUAUGGCUGGGUACAAUCAGUGAUAUGGGUCAUGGCUGUCAAACCAUUCUGAAAUGGGACUGUCCCUAUAGACUGGAAGAGCGCACACAGCCCCAUUUCAGGAAAAGGUUUGGUGUGGCUAAAAUGAGUGCUUUUUUUAUUUUAUUUUUUUUCGCCCCUCUUUGCUCAGUCAUUUAAUCUGCUGAUAUGUAGCUGUUAUAACCUCUUGGGUUGAGGCCUUUCACAUGAGAAAUUACACAUCCUUUACCUUUCUUUUGGUUUCCUCAAUGAUCAGUUCUCUGCUACUGUUCCAUGAUACUGGGCUAGAAAAGAAUGUCCUUUGUUUUUCAAGCACUGUUUGUCCCUUCAGCCCAGACCAGGUUUAAUGUCGCGGUCUGUCCGGCUGGUUGCCAAUAGCAAAUCUGUGUGGAAUUGCAGCAUGCAAGGAAACAACAAGAAUAUAUAUUUUUUGUUUGGCUUUUAGCGACAUUAUAUUGGGCCACCAUAUCAGAUGCAUGUUGCAGUUUUCCUUUGUCCAGGGUAAAUGUGUGGACGGAUUGUAGUUGAGCAUGCCACCCCACAAAUCUGUAACUAAUGCUUUAAAACCUGUACACAACUGUCUGGGGUCAUUGAAAGUGCAUGGGUCUGGGGGUUUGGCAAACGGUAUGAAAUGUCCAUUUAAUUUAUUACUUAUUUAUGAGAAUUUUGUUUUGUUUCGCUAUUUCAUUGUGUUGAAGUAGCCUUAAUGAUGGUGCCUAGGCGCUGUCAUAUUUGUACAUAUUCAUUCUGUGAUUAGGUGAAUUGGAGUUUCAGACUGAAAUGCAAAUUAUUUAAACAAUAUUUUGAACACUAUCCCUUUUUAUUUUCAGUGCAGCAGCCUCUUCCCACUCUAAUUGUCAUGUGCCACAUUGAUCUUUGUUGACAUUGGUGUUGUAAUGCCACAACUCAAGAUUUUUCCAAAAUUAAAGGAAAGCAAUCAGUUGCACAAGUGUAUUCAAAUGCAAUGGGAAUAUGUCUGGAAUUGGGUCAUUUGAAUGCUUUCUUGUUUCUCCUGAUAUUAUUUUACAUUUUACACGCAUUAACAUCAAAAGAACAUUCACCUGUGCUAUUUUCACAUUUUCUCCAGCCAAAGAAUUUCUAGAAUAUGGCUGUUGGACAGUCAACACAUUACACAAUUAAAAAGGGAUACGGUUUCCUUGACACCUGGACUUUAAACCUAAUGAUCACAGAAUGGAAGUUUUUUUUUGGAAUUUUGAAAAUGAUCUCUAAAGCUGUUAAAUAGAUUGUGGGUGUCUAAAAUAUCAACAGUAAAUUUAUGCAGUUUUCGUAGCCAUGAAAUUGUUUUGUGUUUAUGCUAAAUUGGUGCACACGUUUUGCAGGUAACUGUUUUGCAUUGCAAUGGUCCUAAUAUGUUCUAGCAAGCAGUGAAUGCAUUUUGUUUAUCAUUAUAAAUUUAUGUUUCAGUCAGUAAGGAGUUUGAGUUAUUUGCAAGAAUGCUUGGGUGUCAUAAAAAUGACCGCAACAGAACUUUACUUCGCCUGUUAAAUUGACAAAUAAUUUGACCGUUUCUGUUUUACUCUGAUUUGAUCUGAUUAAAGUCGCAGGAAUUACUUUGGCGAACUUAAGGGCAGUGGGCACACUGUCCUUUUCGGUAACAGGAUCCGUUUUGAAGAUCCGGAGUAGGCCUUUCAAGAGGAAUAAACCCGAGCAAAGCAAAUAAGUCUGCUAAACCUCCUCUGUAUGCAGAUGUACAUACUUCUCUGAAUAUCAUCAUUUGUGAUCUUAGUUUUUGUCUUCCAUUUGUUUUUUCCUUGACUGAACACAAAAAUGCAUGUGACGUCACAUGCUUUUUCCUGGGGUUUUUUUUUUUUGUUUUGUUUUUUUACAUACUUAUAGCCACCAACCAUACCAAAAUGGAUCAAAUUACUUGUUGGUCUUUUACAGCCAUUUUUGAUAAAUCUCUUUUCAGUAUUUGUAGUCAUAUUCAAUUACACAUUGUGUUACUAUAGUAACUUGAAUGGCUUUACAUAUAACAAUUAUUUAGCAGUAUUAGUCUGGAUACUUUCCCUAUGAAUCAUUAAACUGGAGAAGCAUACUUAUUUAAACUUGUUAUAAUGCAAUUUUUUUUUUUUCUCUCAAAGUGAAACAAAAUUGACCAUAUAUAUUUUGAUAAAUUUAAUCAACAGGUCACAAGUACAAAUUCUAUAUGGCAUAUACCUGAAUAGCAAACUGAAAACUGUAUGCAUAAUGAAAUGUAUGCGGAAAACCUGCCUGUUUUUAUAAUAGCUGAAUCUUGUCAAUAAGUCAUAUCAUGUGUCAUUUGCAGCAAUUAGGUUACUCUUUCUGCCUGUAACAUACACUAUUUGUAGCCUUGAGUGUUCAGCAAACUUGAAAUACUUGGUUUUAUCUUUGAUUACAUUUACGAGUUGAAUGUGUGCCACUACAUACGAAUAUAAUGCUGUACAAUAUUUGAAUGGUAAUAUAUGGCAGUCUGGCUGAACUAUUUUGAUGUACUGCAUUAUUUUUGAAUUCAUUUUUUAAGUUGUAUAAUUUAUUUUCUGGCAAAAUAAAAAUGUACUGUUAAGAGACUUUA